AUGUCGGCCUACACUGCGCCCUCAAACAACUAUCCUCCUGAUCCUGCUCUCCAUCUCGCUCUGCGCGAUGCAGCUGGGCCGCAGAACGAUCAAUUGGCCGCCCAGCACGGCUUGACGGUCGCGCAGCCUUACCACUACAAUGUUCAGCCUUCUCAGCAGUCUCCGUACGACAACAGCCCGUCGAACGGACAUCCAGGCAAUGUGCAGCACCAAGGGGCACCUGGGCCUGCACCUCCACCUGUCGCGUCUGCGUCUGCGUCUGCGUCCGCGUCCGCGUCUGCCAGCGGGGAGGGCCAGAGGGCAAACCGUCUUCGCAAAGCUUGCGAUUCGUGUAGCAUUCGCAAGGUGAAGUGCGACGAGUCGGGCCCGCCAUGUCGAGCUUGUCUGGCUCUGGAAAUCCCAUGUACCUUCGAACGACCCAGCCGGCGGAGAGGUCCUCCAAACCGACACGCAGAAGCUAUCAAGAAGCGCAAGCUGGAAUCGCCAUCUGCAGCAUCUCCAACCUCCUCCCCGAAUAAUGUCGCUGCUACUCUAGCAUCCUUCUCCUCGCACGCCGUCCUCAAUGCCGAAUCAAUAUGUCCCUUUCCUACCCUCGAACUCCUCGUGAACGAUUUCUUCACUUAUAUCCACCCUCUCGCCCCCUUUCCCCACGAACCUUCCUUCCGCGAUGCUUUCGUAUCCCGAGAAGACCUUAAGAACCCCUCGUUCUUAGCAUUAUUGGCGUCGAUGGUCGGCGUUUUGGUAGCCUCCUUCCCCCGGAGGCCACGACUGCAUCUGAAAGCCCAGCACCGCGAGCACCUGUUCCCAACCUCGAUCAGCUUGGUUGAGCGAUGUCAUAAGGUGGCCGUUGAAGCUCGAGGAGCGGGAUAUCUCGACAAGGAGUUGUCAGUUUAUGAUGCUGUCACGAGCUACUUCCUGGGCUUGGCUGCUGCAUACACGUUCCAACCACGACAAUGUCGACUAUAUUUCGGGGAGACUCUGAACAUAUCAAGAGCCCUUGGAACCCAUAAGUUCAAGAAGGAUCCAGGGUUUCUCUCAACGAGAAAUACAUCUGUACCUUUUGGGGAAGCUGGUGCAUAUGGUGGACAAGCACAACCAGUCGAUUACAUCAGGCAAGAGAUUGGCAGGAGGGUGUUCUGGAUCAUGAUUGUUGGUGUCAGAUCACUGCAACAGCUUGGUGCUACAUUCGGUGAACUCGUCAUACCUCCUCCGACGCCUAGUGAGCCGUAUCCACCCUUGCCUUUGGAAGUCGACGACGAAUACAUAUACGUUGAUCAUGUUGAUCCUCAGCCGGCAGGCUUAAUAUCGAAACUGACGGGAUUCAACCUGGGAAUACAGAUUUACAUGUCCCUUGACCCUUUGGCGACGAUGGAGCUGGCAUAUGGCAUUGAUGAGGUGUUCGACUGGAAUCGCCAGAAGAGAAUCCUGGAAGAGUGUCUGCGGCAGGUGAAGCACGUAUUGGACAAUGUCCCAAGAGAAUUGAUGCUUACUCCUGGCUCGGAACCUGGUCAAUUCAAAUCGCCAGACCGACCAUACCUCCCGUCAAUGGCAGACUAUCCAAGCGUAAGAUUCAAUGGUCGUGAGAUGGGUCACUGGCCCCAGGAAGACCCAGAGGUUCGGCGAAGACUGCAAUACGAGAUCCAGAAGGCGAAUAUUUAUGCCAGUCAGCUCGGCACUCGGUCUUACAUCGUGGAGAAGUAUUGGAACCUUCAAGAAGCCCACGAAAGAGAAACCUCUCGAGGUGAUUCACAUACCUCUCCGGGUCCAACGGCCAGUGGGCUGGAUAAUAUGCUCCCCAAGAGUACCACGUAUGGAGAGAGUGAAAUAAAUGUUGCGGAUGAGCGGGAAAUCAUUGUGAAGGAUCUACUCCGUGUGCUUGGCAGCAUCAGUCAAAUCAACAUGGAGCCGAACGGAGGCAGUUUUAUCAACAAAAUCCGACAAAUAGCCUCUACAUUGAUCGACUCGCCACAAAAUCGGAAAGGCCCCUUAGCUCUGAAGUCGGAGGAGUACCUGGCAAGGUUCCUGGAUGUCCUGAUGAAGCUUGAGCGAACCAAUCCGAGUCUGAAUGGAGAAAAUGGUCAUCUGCAGGAUGCCGAGGAAGAGGAGUUACGGAAUUGGGCGGAUCUACGGGAGCAUCAGAUGCGAUUUUUGCAGUCGGGUGGAUUCUUGAAUGACGGUUGA